UGCUGAUAAAUAAACAAGCUCCGGUAUUCAGAAACUGAGUAUGCGACCAGAGGGGACGCAAUGUAGCGAAAAAAAGUGACGGGAUACGAUCCACCCCCCAAUCUAAGCACUGGAUUUAUGUCAUUGCGACAGUCUGAGAAAGCAGAACUGCUGCUGCGUUGCGAGAAUUGUCUCUCGUAGGGAUCCGUAGUCAGCUUGCUGUACCGAGGGAGGGAGCAGGAGCAGCUGUACCUCUGUCUCUGUUCCUGUAAUGGCUGCUUACAACUGACGACUGUUACAUAAGAUUAAGGAUCCAUAGCUGGACGUAAAGCACCUCAGGUACCAACUCCCCACCCCUGCAUUGGACUGGGUACCCGCAGGACACCUGCAAAGCAGUUGGGACUAGGCCACAAUCUUCUAAACGUCCCCACCGUCCAGGUCAUAAGAUGGACGAACGUGCCAAUUUAAUGAACAGGAUGAAACUCAGCAUCAAGGUCUUAAUCCAGUCUGCUCUUAACCUUGGCCGGUGUAUAGAUUCAGAGUAUCCACCUCUCCAGCAAUUUUUUUUGGUUAUGGAGCAUUGCCUUAAACAUGGACUUAAAGUAAAGAAAACUUUCAUGGCACAAAAUAAAUCUUUUUAUGGCCCACUGGAACUAGUGGAAAAACUUUGCCCUGAAUCAUCUGAUUUGUUUGCAAAUAUCAAAAAUCUCCCAGAGCUUAAAACAGCUAUUGGGAAAGGGAGAGCCUGGCUACAUCUUGCGCUGAUGCAAAAAAAGUUAGCCGAUUACCUGCAAGCUCUUAUAGACCAUAAAGAUCUGCUAAGUGACUUUUAUGAACAAGACGCUCUAAUGAUGGAGGAGGAAGGUGCUGUCAUAGUAGGACUGCUUGUGGGACUCAACAUGAUUGAUGCAAAUUUAUGUCUUAAAGGAGAAGAUUUAGAUUCCCAGGUUGGAGUAAUUGACUUUUCUUUCUAUCUUAAGGAUAUGCAACAAAACGAUAAUGAAAAACAAAGUGACGAAAUUGUAGCCGUCCUUGAUCAAAAACAUUACGUUGAAGAGCUCAACAGGCAUUUAAGUUGCACUGUUGGAGAUCUUCAGGCUAAAAUCGAUUCUCUGGAGAAGACAAAUUCAAAGUUAACCGAAGAGCUUCUCGCUGCAAAGGAUCGUAUUGUGUCACUACAAGAGGAACAUAAUCAUAUUUUACAGGAGAGUACAUUAAUUCGGGAAAAAAGUGAAAGAAGUGUAGAGGUAAAUUUUCAAGAUACAAAAGUUGAACUGGAUACCUACAAACAAUCACGGCAAGGACUGGAUGAAAUGUAUAAUGAGAUCUGGAAGCAACUAAAAGUUGAAAAACAAGCACGACUGGAACUGGAAAAAGAGUUUGAAUUGCAGGUUGGGAUGAAGACAGAGAUGGAAAUGGCCAUGAAGCUCAUGGAGAAGGAUAUCCAUGAAAAACAAGACACUCUGGUUGUUCUUCGUAAGCAGCUUGAUGAUGUGAAAGCCAUUAAUCUUCAGAUGUGCCAAAAAGUUCUUGAUGCAGAAACAGCCCUACAUAAGAAAAAUGAAAUUGUGAAUUCAGUACAAGCAAAAGGAGAUCAGUUGACAUCGGCACUAAAGCAAAUAGAGGAAAGGCUGCAGAAAUCUGAAAAGACUAGAGAAGCAGCUGAAGAAAAUUGCAAUAAAAUGAAAAUGGAGCAUGGAGCCAAAAUAGGAUCCUUACAGCAGCAACUUGAAAAGCUUAAUAAAACAUGCGCAGUUUUAGAGAAAGAUCUGAAAUCAGAAAACGAAAAACACGACACCCUACAGGACAAGCUUCACAAAGAGAAAGAGACUGCAACAUCAUUAAGGAAUGAGUUGCAUCAGUUCUCCCUGUUACAGAAGAAUUUUGAUAAUUUGCACCAGGAAAAGAAGCAGCUUCAGAGGCUAUGUGAGGAACAGGAACAGGCGUUACAAGAAAUGGGACAGCAUCUCAGCCAAUCAAAAUUAAAAAUGGAAGACAUUAAGGAAGUCAACAAAGCACUUAAGGGGCACACGUGGUUAAAGGAUGAUGAAGCAACAGAAUGCAAACAGUGCAAUAAAGAAUUCUCCAUUUCCCGAAGAAAGCAUCACUGCAGAAACUGCGGAGACAUCUUUUGCAACUCCUGCUCCAGCAAUGAACUGUCACUGCCAUCGUACCCGAAGCCUGUCCGUGUUUGUGACAUUUGCCAUAAUUUACUGCUUCAGAGAUGUUCCUCCAACUCCUCCUAAAAUGAAAAGCUGUUUUACUCAGAGCUCCUUCUUAAUGUCACGGUUACUUAUUCUUAACAAAAAAUGCGUAAGCCAAUGUAUUUUCUACAUCUUUUGGGUAUUUCUUAAUGCUUGAUGGAGGUGAUUUUUAAAUCUAUAUUUUUGGUAAUUGUUCAAUGUAAUAAUACAUCCUUUAACAGAUACAAUGAAAUAAUCCUGAUCUAAUAGUUCUUAUAUUUCUGGUUACAUAAUGCUCAUUUUCAUGGCGCCAAACUUUUUAUGCUUUUACUUAACAUGAUAGCAGUCCUUAAAAUAUGGACAUUUCUAGUAUUAAAGGUGAGGAACACAGAACUAUCAUACAUGGAGUACAGCCUGAUUCCUAAUGAAAAGUUUAUUUUUGAAAGGCUUUUGGUGCCUUACCUUCUAAAUGACCACUGUUAAUGUAUAUGGAAGAACUUAUUGGUCCCAGCACUCCCCAAUCAGCAUUAGCAGCAUUACAAACAGUAAAUAUUCUGCAAUAGAAAAGGCGCCAUAAGAUAAUGAUAGAGAAAUAUUCAAAGUAUAAAUUCCUGUACAGAAAUAAAAGCAAAUGAUUAAUUUUUUGUAACAUAUUUUUGUGGCAAAUCCUCUUUAAAAUUGUGUUUCCAAAAACCUGUAUGAAUAAAUGUGCCUUUGUUUUAUUUUUUUUCAUCACUGAAAGCCAAUACACAGCAUUUCUGUAAAAGCAUUGUUUGAUACCACAGUGUAAAGGAAUAAAAUGCUUUUUCACUAAUGAA